CAAAGUUAAUUCUACAAUAAUAAUUUUCUUACGAGAUAAAAUAAGUUGGGCAAAUCACACUAAUAAAAAUAUUUUUAGAAAUUUAAAGAUCCAUUGAAACAAAGAAUUAAUUUGAAAAUUUGGUUCGUAGUGUAUAAUUAUCUCAAUGGCAUUUUGAGCAAAAUGUGUGUGUGUGUGUGUGUUUUUUUCUUUCUUUUGAAUCGAAAUCAUCACCUUCUGUUUCUAUGAAUUUUCGAGGGAAAACAGAAUUUGUUCAUCAUCUCGAAUGGAGAAACAAAGAUAUGUUCGUUCUCUAAUUUUAUGUUGAUUGAGCUGAAAAAUUAGGGUUCAUACUUUGCGCCGGAAGAAGAUGAGGAUCAAGAAUCGCCGCGGCGGAAGGUGCAAGCCUUCCCGGCCUUCCGCUACUUCUACUACUCCGUCGCCUAUGGCGUCUCCCCCUCUCCCUGACCAGGAGGCAUCAAAUAAGGAAACUAACGAUGUGUUGGAUAAGGUAGACUGCUUUCAAAAAGAUAGUUGUACUAGAUGUGAUCAGAGUGGGGACUUAUUGGUUUGUACUGAACCUGGGUGUCCAAUUGCUCUUCAUGAAUUAUGUAUGUCCUGCGAGCCGUCGUUUGAUGAAGAUGGACGAUUCUAUUGUCCUUAUUGUUCAUACAAAAGAGCGUUGAUUCGUGUGAAUGAGUUGAGGAGGAAGACUAUGGUAGCAAAGAGAGCGUUAUCUGAUUUUAUUGAUACCAGGAUGGUUGGUGGUGGCAAUUCACCGCGUGUGGGAGAGGCUGGUAAAAAGAAAUCAGAUGACAUUUCAACUUGUGGAGUGGAUGUGGACCUGCCUAAUUAUGGGAGUCAUUUGUGCAAUGAGAGUUCACGAGAUCAAGAUAUCCAGGUUGAGCAAAAUCAAAGUAAUGAAGGGGAGAACUUUGCGAGAGCAGAAGGAGAUGUUCAACCAACAUCAAUGGUGGGCGUUAACAGCGAAAUUCAUGAUGGUCCUAUUGUGUCUAAUGUUAGUAACGACAGCCAUUCAGCUCCUGUAGUUCAGCCAUGUGAGGAUAAGAUGGAUGAAGAAACUCAUGAGGCUGAGACAUCAGGUACACAUCAGGUCAAAAGUUUAGAAGAUAAAGACGAUGGGAAAACAAUGGACGAAGAAAUCUUAAGGCCUAUAGAUGACAUUCAGGAUGACAGGAUUGCAGAGGAUCAAGGACAGUUGGAGAUUCCAGGUGCAUAUCAAGAUGGAGAAGAAACUGCUCAAGACAAAGAUGAUGGUCGAGAACAAAUCCAACCCGACAACGAAAGGAUGCUUGAAAAUAUCAUUCCUGCAUCCGUAGAUAAUGAUUUGAAGAAUGAAACAACGGCGAAGAAAAGGCGCUUUAAAACUAAAGCUAAUAGGAGAACAGACUUACAGAAUGUCAAUUCUCCUAGAAAGUCAUUGCGUCUACAAACUCCAGAGGUAAAAAAGUCACCUCAUAUACGAACUCCAGAACCUAGGAAAAAUUCACCUCAUAUACAAACUCCAAAACCUCAGAAAGAUCAUGCAAUCAAAAUUGAGAAAGUUUCUGUAUCCAGGAAUUUAAAGCCGCAAUCCGCAUCUCAUAAUCAUUUAAAAAGCUUGGAUUUUCACGGUGGGAAGCGUAAGAGAAUGCGUUGGUCUGUUGAAGAGGAGGAAAUGUUGAGGGAAGGAGUUCAAAAAUUCUCUUCUACAGCCAAUAAAAAUCUUCCUUGGAGGAAGAUUUUGGAAUUCGGUCGUCACAUAUUUGAUGACACACGUACUCCAGUUGACCUGAAAGAUAAAUGGAGAAACCUUCUUGGCAGAUAGUCUCAGCUUAAUGGAUAACUACUCCGAAUGAUCGCAAAGGCACGUUCUUUAUGCGUAGCAAUUGUAGCGUUGGAACCUUUCAAUUUGGAUAUUGAAGAGACCUACAUGUUAAAUGAGUGAAAAGGAAUGCACAAACGGGUUGUCUUGAAGACUUUGAUUUGUGAUGGAAGGUAUAGAAGCUGUUGAGGAAGAACACUAUAUAGAUUGACCAAAAUUCUCUCUAUGUUCCGUUCGAAUCCUUUUAAGUAGGUUAUAGAUAAGGUUCUCCAAUUUUGGUUCCUUGGUGUAGGAUGGUCCUGUUUUAGUAUGAGUUUUCGUUUCGACUUUUGCUUGUAAGUUAUGUUGUAACAAAUUACAUUUUAUGUAAAUAUCGGUUUGUUAGUUACUGUUAAGAAAUUGUUCUAGCAAUUGAUGGAACUGUUAUUGUGUAA